AUGAAGCUACACCUGCGCAUUCAUUCGGGCAUCAGACCGUACUCGUGCAGCGAAUGUGGCAAGGCGUUCACCAAGAAGCAUCACCUGAAGGCACACAUGAACCACCACACCGGCCUGAGGCCCUAUAGCUGUGACCGCUGCGGUGCCACCUUCAGCCAGUCCAGCAACAUGCGCACCCACCGCAAGAAGUGUUCUGCCCCCGUGCCACCACCUGCCAGAGAUAUUUGCAACAGGACAGGGCAGCAAUCCUCAGGCAUGCCUAGAGCUGCUGGCACUAGUGUCAUCAUGCGUGUGUAUGGAGAACUUGUGCAGCACACAUCGACGUCAGCACCAAUGUCCACAGGCCAGCAGCAAAUUGAACUUGCCCUUGCCAAUGAUGUCGAGGGGGACAAUGGUGCACGGCUUCCCUAA